GCCGCCGGAGCCAAACCGGGAACGUCGUUUGCCCGGGACGCGGCGGAAGCCGGAGCAUUUGCGGGACCGGACCGCGGGAACCCGGAAACACCUGCGCCGCACUGAGCUGGCGGCAGCUACUACGGAGGGAACGGGCGGCGCUGCGGGUCAGCGGUCCCGGCUGACCCGUCGGGGUCGUCAGCCCGGGGCGCCCGGCGGAGCUGAGCCGCGGCCCCCAGUGCGCGCAGCCGGCCGAGCUGUGCGGAAGGCACAUGAAGAUAAAACAAUGUCUGCCAACCUAAAAUACUUGUCCUUGGGAAUUUUGGUCUUUCAGACUACCAGUUUGGUUCUGACAAUGCGUUAUUCUAGGACUUUAAAAGAGGAGGGACCUCGUUAUCUAUCUUCUACAGCAGUGGUUGUUGCUGAACUUUUGAAGAUAAUGGCCUGCAUUUUAUUAGUCUACAAAGAUAGCAAAUGUAGUCUAAGAGCAUUGAAUCGAGUACUACAUGAUGAAAUUCUAAAUAAACCCAUGGAAACACUUAAACUUGCUAUUCCAUCAGGGAUAUAUACUCUUCAGAAUAAUUUACUCUAUGUGGCACUGUCAAAUCUAGAUGCAGCUACUUAUCAGGUCACAUAUCAGUUGAAAAUUCUUACGACAGCAUUAUUUUCUGUGUCUAUGCUUAGUAAAAAAUUAGGUGUGUACCAGUGGCUCUCCCUAGUAAUUCUGAUGACAGGAGUUGCUUUUGUACAGUGGCCCUCAGAUUCUCAAGAGCUUGAUUCUAAGGAACAUUCAGCUGGCUCUCAAUUUGUAGGUCUCAUGGCAGUUCUCACAGCAUGUUUUUCAAGUGGCUUUGCUGGGGUUUACUUUGAGAAAAUCUUAAAAGAAACAAAACAAUCGGUGUGGAUAAGAAACAUUCAGCUUGGUUUCUUUGGCAGUGUAUUUGGAUUAAUGGGUGUAUACAUUUACGAUGGAGAAUUGGUAUCAAAGAAUGGAUUUUUUCAGGGAUAUAACCAACUGACCUGGAUAGUUGUUGUUCUUCAGGCACUUGGAGGCCUUGUUAUAGCUGCUGUUAUUAAGUAUGCGGAUAAUAUUUUAAAAGGAUUUGCAACCUCUUUAUCCAUAAUAUUAUCAACACUGAUAUCCUAUUUUUGGCUACAAGAUUUUGUGCCAACCAGUGUCUUUUUCCUUGGAGCCAUCCUUGUAAUAACAGCUACUUUCUUAUAUGGUUAUGAUCCCAAACCUGCAGGAAAUCCCACUAAAGCGUAGUUGUGUACUAUCUUUAACUGGUUUUUCAUGAUGGUGUACUAGGAAUCUCAACAUUAAUCUUGCACAGAGGACUUCUACAGAUUCUGUGAAGAUGUCAUCAUUAAAUCUGAUCAUACUGUUCAAAUGGUUUGAAAAUAUAUUUAAGGAUAAAAUAUGUGUAUAUGUAACAACAUACAAUGCAUCUAGAAAUCAAAACUUGAAAGUAUUUCCAGGGAUUAUAAUUAGAAGGAAUAUUGGAGAAAACUUGAAAUCUGAGUUUAAAACGAUAUUACCUUUUUGAUUGCUGCAGAAAUGUUCUAUGCACUCUUUGCGAUAGCACAUGACAAAUGUCAGAAAUCAAUUUUUGCAAAUUAGGUCUAUUUAAUCUCAUUAAACGUUUUUUAUCUU